CGUAGGCAACAAAAUCAUUUUUCGUCAUCUAUUCGACCCGAACAGUCGUAUUUGGUUUAGUCUGAAAAAUAAAUAACCUAAAUUAUAUUUUCACACCCUUUGCCUGGGAUGGGGGAGGGGACAAAAAACUAAAAAUAGUUUCUCAGCUUUUGUAAAAAUCCAGCCACCCCAAAGAACGUCGUUAACUAAGCGGAGGAGGAAUAUACGCAGCAGUUUAUUUUCCACAAUGGAAUUUUCAUUUCUAGACAGUCAUAUUCGAGACAAUACUUGGGCCUGUGUUUGUGGACUAAUUGAUAAUCUCGACGAUGGAAAAGUGGAUGAGAAACUGGUGAUUGAUCAACCGAAAGGCGUGGAGGAGGAAAAUGAAGAGAAACGCCAAUCUCUGGAGCAGAAGGAUCAGCAGCAACAGAUGCCAAGGCAAUUCAUUGCAACUGGCGGCGGCCGAUCAGACAUCAGAGUCUCUGAAAUUGUGAUUGACGAGGACUUUAAUGCAGCAUUCCCACUUCUAUAUGAACACCCAGUGCCAAGUUUGGGUAUCCAUAAUAUGGCAAUUACACCGGAUGGUAAAACAAUUGCGACCGUCUCAGUGGAUGGCCUAGUAUCUAUAGUGGAUGUAAAACAAGGUGUACGAUUUGAGAGCAUUGGAAUGAAUAUUCGAAAUUUUUGGUCAGUUGCAUUCGAUCCGAAGGGCGAAUUCGUUUAUGCUGGCAAUGGAAAUGGACGUGUUUAUAAAUUUAUUAUCGAUAAUGGUCAUCUGUUGCAAGAGUACAAUUCACAACGUAUGCAAAAGAUAAUAUGUGUGUGCUCUAGUACAAAUGAUAAAUAUGUGGCCAGUGGUGAUUUCGAAGGAUGCUUUACUCUAUACGAUAGCGCUACGAGUUUCGUGCUGAAACAUAUCCAUUUCAAGAAAGCCUUACGCAGUAUUGUUUUUAUACAAGAACAGUCAAUUUUUCUGGCUGCCUGUGAUGAUCACUCAGUGAAAAUUGUCAAUAUACUUGACUCUGAAACGGAGCAUACGGCUUUAAUGGGGCAUCGUUCCAGAGUUGUGUCGCUUGAUAUGUCACCAGAUGGACGGCGAUUUGCGAGUGGCUCAUCCGAUGGUGUUGUCAGAGUUUGGGAUGCUAGAUACAACAAAUGCUCCAUAACCUUUAUAAACAGCGAGAAAUCCCGUCUUUGGGAUGUGGCCUUUGCUAAAUCGAAUACUCUAGUUGCCUAUGUCUCGUCGGGCAAAGAUCAAGAUGUUCAUUAUUGUUAGUCAUCAUCAAUGUUUUUUUUUUCUGUUCUCUCUCCCUCGUUAUGUAUUUUUGUUGUUUAUACUUUUACAUUAACAAACAUCAUACACACCCACACCCAGACACCCCGAAACCAAAAUUUGUAGCAAGGCCCUCGCAGGAUUGCAAAACUAAGCUUUAAAAAUAAAUUGAAGGUUUGGCA